AAAGAAGAGGAGCCAGCCUGUUCCCUUCCUCUCUCUCUCUCUCUCUCUCUCCCCCCCUAAGCAAGAUGCAAGCCAGUGCCGAUUCCACGAAGAUGGAGUGCCUCUGGAGCAAUUGGAAAGGCCAGGCUAUCGACCUGCUGUACUGGCGCGACAUCAAGCAGACGGGCAUCGUCUUCGGGAGCGUCCUGCUGCUGCUCUUCUCCCUGACCCAGUUCAGCGUCGUCAGUGUGAUCGCCUACCUGGCACUAGCGGCUCUCUCAGCCACCAUUAGCUUCAGAAUCUACAAGUCAGUCCUACAGGCUGUGCAGAAGACCGAUGAAGGCCACCCAUUCAAGAACUACCUGGAGAUGGAGGUGUCUCUCUCCCCGGAACAGAUUCAGAAGUACACAGAUUGCCUCCAGUUGUACGUCAACAGCACCGUCAAAGAGCUCAGGAGGCUUUUCCUCGUUCAGGAUCUGGUGGAUUCCUUAAAAUUUGCAGUGCUAAUGUGGCUGUUGACUUACGUCGGAGCGCUCUUCAAUGGCCUGACUCUUCUGAUAAUGGCCGUGGUCUCAAUGUUCACUCUACCUGUCGUAUAUGACAAGUACCAGGCACAGAUUGACCAGUACUUGGGGCUCGUGAGGACCCACGUAAAUACCGUUGUGGCAAAGAUCCAAGCAAAAAUCCCAGGUGCAAAGAGGAAGGCUGAGUAGAGGCGGCAGCGAGGAUUUGUCGGCUCACAAGAAUGAAUGAUGAGGGAGUCUGGGACGAAAACAGCCCUGUUCUUACUUUUUACCGGAUAACUUAUUGUUCCUUUCUCUCUCAUUCUCACUGUCUCCGGGUGAAGACAGAUGUGGUUUCAGAGCAUGUCCUUUAGCUGGGAAGGGGGUCAGUCUGGCUUCCUCCUCGCACCACAGCUGAAAUGACUGACAUGUGCUCGUGAUCCAUCCACUGGCCCAGUUUAUCACUCGCCCUUCUCCGAUGCUUCAGAAAGGUCAUCCACAAAAGGGCCUGGUGAACGUUCAUGUGUUUCUCUGGUCAUUUUUCACCUUAUUAUUAAAUUUUAAGUACCAGAUUGCCCGGGAAUCAGGGAUGGGAAAAGGUUUGGGGCGCUGGCCAAUCAGUACUGUGCGCCCAGCCAAUUUUUGCUUCAAGCUUCCAGAACGAUCAGGCAUCUCUGUCCUCACCUCCCUGAGGGAAGGUACUUUUGGACUAUACUGUAGCAAGGGUGUUUCUAGAACAUCCCUCCCCACACAAUGUUACAUCUGUCUUCACCCGUUUUCUUCCCUCCCUCCCUCCCUCCCUCC